CUUCCCUCUUUCCUCCUCCCCCUUCCUCCCCCUUUUCCACCCUAUUUUAUCAUGAAAAUAACGGCUCUCCUAUCUCUCUUUAGCUCCCUCUCUCUAGGUGCCCAUGUCGCCAUCAACUGGGACAUCGGCUAUGUCAUGGCCAACCGCGAUGGUAUCAAGAUGCGUCGUGUUAUUGGUGUUAAUGGCCAGACACCAGUCCCACCUAUCGAAGUGGACCAGUACGACCGCGUGGUGCUGACCGUGCACAACUCGCUAGACCAGCCUACCACAGUCCAUACACAUGGGUUCUUCCAGAACGGAACCAGCUACCUUGACGGAGCGGCCAUGGUGUCUGAGUGCGGUAUACCGCCUGGCGAUUCCUACACAUACCAUAUCGACACCAGCCAGGCCGGCACGUACUGGAUCCACGGCCACGACCAAGGUCAAAAUGCCGACGGCCUACGCACUUCUUUUAUUGUCAGAGACAGGGUCAGGCCAUAUGAUUACGAUGGCGACUAUACAUUCGCGCUUGAGGACUGGUACACCAAGGAGUUUCCACAGAAGGAGUCGGAAAUUCUGGACCCAGCCAACAGGUUCCCGCCACCGGCAUCGUUCCCUACUGGCCUCAUUAACGGAUACCACGGUAACGAAGCGGAGCCGAUCCGGUUCGAACCUGGCAAGACAUACCGCGUUCGCGUUAUCAACAUGGGCACUACCGAAAGCUUUAUGUUCAGCAUCCCUGGACACACCCUGGAGGUGAUUGAGGCUGACGGCUACUACUCGCUGCCAUAUCCUGUCGAUGUCCUCAACAUGGGCCCUGGCCAGCGCUACUCGGUUCUAGUGAAGGCACACGACACCAACAGAUUCAACUACCGAUACAACGCGACGCUUUACGCGGCGUUCCUGCCCAAUGUUAAUGGCCGAAACCCACAGGUGUAUACGGGACUGGUGGAGUACAAGAAGCGUGCGCCAGUGAAGAAAGUGCCAUUCCCAGGAGACUACCGAGUUGUCAAAGACAUUGAGCUGGUAUCCAAGGAUCGUGAGCCAAUUCUGCAAGUCUCUCGCUCCGUUGAGUUGCACAUCGCUGACCAGCUGUACACCAACGGCCAGUCCCACACGAGCUUCAACAACAUCACCUAUAUUGAGCCACGCACGCCGUCGCUGUUCUCCAUGGCAUCUAUGGGCAGACUGGCGAUGGAUCCGGAGGUGUACGGCCCGCAGACGCACGCCAUUGUGCUGAGGCAUCUGGAGGCCGUCGAGUUCAAUAUCAUAAACAGCAAGAACCUCGACCACCCUAUCCACCUCCACGGCCACAACUUCCAGGUCGUCGAGUACGGGCCCUUGCUUGGCCUCAAUACUACCACUGGGCCUGCGCUGAUUCCAGCCGAGCCGCCACGGUUCCAAAGAUCUGGGCCGUUCCCGAUGCGCCGCGACACAGUGCUGGCACCGCCAUUUGGAUAUGUCAAGAUCAGGUUUGUUGCUGACAACCCUGGUGCCUGGCUGAUGCACUGCCACGUCAUGGACCAUAUGUUCCGCGGCAUGCAGGUGACCAUCAUCGAGGCACCAGAUGUGCUCCAGCACAGACAGAAGAUUCCUGAGGAGCUGCUAGAGCACUGCGAUAGGUUGGGAAUGCCAAGAGGUGGGAACGGCGCGGGCAACAAUGGGUACGAUUUCAGCGGCCUACCGGAACCGCUGACACUGGCAACCGUGCCUCGUAGCUUGCUGCCUGGACUGCCUGAACCAACACACAUCCCUCCUUCCUAACUUUCCUAACCGCACUUGGAAUAUAACGUUUAGACUAUCGCAAUGUUGCGUAUGUAGUUUGUAAAACUAAAGAUUUUAAAUACAUACAGCCAUGUUGGACUGUUGA